AUGACUGCAAGUGCAGAACGUGGACAAUUGAGAACAAUCAUCGGAUGUUGUAAUGCAUCUGGUAGCUUUCUUCCACCUUUCCUAAUUUUUGCAAGAAAGAAGAUGCAAGCAAGACUUCUUGAUGGAAGCCCGCCAGGUACUCAAGCAACGUGUACACCUAAUGGUUGGACAUCAGGCGAAGUCUUCUUGAACUGGAUGCAUUUCAUCGUAGAGCAAGUGAGGCCCACAUCAGACAAAAAGGUCCUAUUACUAUAA